UGGAACGCCAGAAGCACCCGGUGAGGAGCCAAGAAGGCUCACCAGAGAUCAGCUCUUUACGAUGGCCGCGACGGCUUCUAUAAACUUCAGUUCAAUGAUAUGCUAUUCAAUCCUGGGACCCUUUUUCCCUGCGGAGGCGGAAAAAAAAGGUGCCAGUAACACCAUUGUUGGCCUGAUUUUUGGAUGCUUUGCUUUGGUCACUUUCUCGACUUCUUUGAUCCUGGGAAAUUAUCUUACACGUAUUGGAGCAAAAUUCAUGUUUGUGGCAGGGAUGUUUGUUUCGGGAUGUGUGACCAUUCUGUUUGGAAUGCUGGACAAGGUGCCAAGUGGACCAAUGUUCAUUGGUUUGUGCUUUUUAGUAAGAGCAAUGGAUGCAGCAGGUUUUGCAGCAGCGAUGACAGCAUCAUUUUCAAUCCUUGCAAAGGCAUUUCCCAAUAAUAUAGCUACUGUCCUGGGCAGCCUUGAAAUUUUUACAGGACUUGGACUGGUGCUGGGCCCGCCUGUAGGUGGUUUUUUGUACCAAUCGUUUGGUUACAAGGUCCCUUUCAUUACACUGGGAUGCGUAGUGUUGGUCUUGGUGCCUGUGAAUAUGUGCAUAUUACCAAAAUACGAUUCGCUCCCUAGCAAGGACUCCUUUUGGAAGCUCAUUCUUCUGCCGAAAGUCUUACUUCUCUGUCUUACUAUAUUUUCUCUAAGUGCGUGCUUGGGCUUUUUGGAUCCCACAAUGUCUCUAUUUAUCCUAAAGAAGUUCAAACUCCCAGCUGGUUACGUGGGCUUGGUAUUCCUCAGUUUGGCUCUCUCGUAUUCCCUGUCUUCUCCCCUUCUUGGACUCCUAAGUGACAAACUGCCAUACCUCAGGAAGUGGCUGCUGGUAUCUGGAGGCUUGAUGACAGCAGUGUGCUUUUUCAUGUUAGGACCUGCUCCUGUACUGCACAUUGACGGUCAGCUGUGGAUGUUUGUGUUAGUGCUGGUUUUGGUUGGCUUUUCCAUUGGCAUGAGUGCUAUCCCAGUGUUUCCAGAGGUACUGCACUGUGCAUAUGAGAGUGGAUUUGAGGAAGGUCUGGGUCUGCUGGGACUGGUGUCUGGGCUCUUCAAUGCCAUGUGGUCCCUUGGGGCAUUUGCAGGUCCUACUCUGGGAGGGUUUCUAAAUGAAAAACUGGGUUUUGAAUGGGCUUCAGCCAUCCUAGGAGGAUGGGCACUGUUAAGUGGUCUUGCAGCUGGAAUAUUCUAUAUCACUGAGGCAACAAGGAGAAGUUCCAGUUCCAGCCUGCAAAAUCCCCCUGGUAAUAGUGAAGAAAGAACUCAUCUCAUGGGUGGUGAAACAUAGCAGACAUACUUUCAAUUCUCUGUUUACUAUUGUGGUUUAACCUAGCGUUGAGAUGAGUGGACUUAACAGUGUUUCAUUAUUCUGGAGCUGGGAUACAUGAUCUCUUAGUGAAAAACCGUUUGUGAUUUAGUUGUAGCUGCGUUACUGUUUUGAAACACUAAACACUGACUGCCUUUCUUUUGGAAUUCCUUGUGUGGAUUGGCUGAAGUGAUGAGUAAUCUUCAGAUGAUAGCCUGUUUAAUUGUGUUCCACAUACAGUGCACCACUGUGUGUGGAGAUGUGUUUUCAAAUGUCUGGUUCUAUAAAUGAGCCUGCAGUGCAUUAUCCUUGGGUAAAGCUACUAUUAUGCUAUCAUGAUUUUCUGUAUUGUUUUCAAGAAAGUUCAUCAUUUUGUAGUACUUUGAUAACAUAAUAUGUUGAAACGGAAUUUGAAAUAACAAAGCAUUAAGCACAAUAUUGUUUCCAAUAAUGCAACUUUUUUUCCUAA